UUGGAUAUCAGCAGUACAUCGAUAUAAUAAUAAAAGGUGCGAGAAGUGAAUAUAAUCUAUCUUCGUCAGAUUGGUCGUACGAAAUUCGUUUGUGGAAAGAUGUUUGAAAUCGGACGGAAGUAGAAUCGAUACUUCAGAAUUCGAUAGUGGCGAAAGUAUGGCCGAAAGCGGAUUUUCAUUUCUGCUAAAGACAAAACAGCAAACAACACAGUGAAACUCUAUUAUUAUGACUGAGUUAAAAGUACUUUAUUGUCUCCUCCUGUUAACGUUUUUUGAGCUGACGUCACAAAUUCGACCGUCCUUACAUGGGCACAAUAAUGCCUUUGUACAGGAUGACAAUGAUGUUCAAUACCUUUUGGACAACAUACCUAUGUCUGUGCAUAAGGAUUUUACCAAUACAGUACAUGGGGCUGGGGAUGCACAAUCAAAUGAAGAUAAAACACAAGAUACAUUAUCUUAUGUUCAUUUUGAACCACAUGUUUUGGACUUUAAAGAGAGACAACUUGGUAUACCCCACCAAGAAACUGUGAUCUUGUUUAAUAAAGAUCAUAACAAAACAAUCCAUCUUUUAUCGAUUUCCGGAAAUACACGUCAUUUCCAUUCAUCAUUCUUUCGAAGCAAAAUAAUACCACCACUGGGGAACACAACAUUCGAUGUUGUUUUUCUUGGUCGAGAAGAAGGCGAUAUUGAUACGCAUCUUUUUAUACAUACUACAGAUGGAACUAUAAAAUACCAAGUAAAAGGAAUAAGUGUCAGUAGUCCGUAUCGACUCAGACCUGUAGUGGGUGUUAAAUUACCUUUAAAUGCAACAUUUACUCCACUUAUAUACAUGCACAAUCCACAUGCAGAAGCUUUACAAGUUCUAGAAGUAUAUAGUAGUGGUGGAGAAUUUCAGCUAGAAUUGCCAUCAGGAGAGGCAGAAGGUUCGCGCGAACUAUGGGAAAUCCCACCAUAUCAGACAAAGCCUAUUAUAAGACUACAUUUUAAUGCUUACACAGAGAAAAAUCAUACCGCGUAUAUUAGACUUAAAGUAAAUAAUACAUCAGAAGUGCUUGUUGUAACGGUUGAAGUUGAAGUGAAAGGUGGGGCUGGUCUUCAUUGGGGUGGAAGCUCCGGUGUAAUCAAUUUAGGUAUGGGUGGAUCGUUACAACCUCCUAUACAGUACCCUAUUGCUUUAAAGAAUUCGGCAAAGAAACCAAUUAAAAUUAUGAAUAUAAUUAAUACACCUGUGUCGAAAGCGUUGAAACUUCAUUUCGAACAAGCGAUAAUUCCAGGUGACACAGACAUACCGAUUGCGAUUGGAGCACUAAUUUAUGACUGGAAGACUGGUUUAGAGUUACAGCAUUUUAAAGGGAAACUAGUGAUUAAGGCGAUAGGUCCCGGUGGUUCUAGUCAGAAAUUAACAAUACCAUGGAUAGCACAAGUUCUACAGGGUGGACUAGAAGUAAACGCAUCAAUUACACAUUAUUGUUCUCUCCAAUCUAAUCAAGCGCGAAACUUCAGCGUUGUUAAUAAAUUUAAAUUGCCGUUAGCUAUCACGAAUGUCACAAUGUCAUCGCAUGUAAAGUCACUUUUCACGAUAAAAAACUUUACUCCGAGGGUGAUAAAGCCGGAACAAAAGGUCAAUAUUUUUUCAUUGCAACUUGCCAAAGAUAGGAAAACGGAUAACGUCAAAAUGGAGUCGUCGAUUUUAAUUCAUUCGAAUGUUUCCGUAACCGAAGUUCCUUUACUCAGUUACGAUGGAAAAGUAAGAAAAAUUGUUCCCGAGGAACAAGAAAACGACGAGGGCACAAUGAAUUUCGGCACAGUGGGGAGCGGGACUGAGAACGAAGCUAUUUUCGCUCUGGAAAAUCAAAAUCCAAUCAAUAUAGACUUACAUGGAUGGGGAGUGAAUAUGCCCGGUGCAGUAUUGGAACUCAUGGGUUGUAAAAGAGGUCCGGCGGAUUUUUUAGACAAAGAGCUUCGUAAUAUAACUGUGUGUAGUCACACCGGCAAUCAAUACAUAAAACCCGGUUACUUAGCCAUUUUUAAAAUUAAAGUGAAAACUUCAAUGGUCGAAGAAGACACCAUCGUAGGCGACGUAUUCGUUAGGACGACCUACGAAAGAUUCAUUUUACCAGUUUAUAUGCGGGUGGCGUACGGAAGACUCUCGUUGAAGAAACUUAUUUUCACAGACUGUUUUCCUGGGUCUAUUUGCGUGCAACAAGUAAAAGUGUAUUCGACGUUUGUAAGGCCCAUGCAGGUGACUCGAAUCGUGCCUGUUUAUAAAGAUAAUAGGAUAAAGUAUAUUCCAUUGGAAGAAGCAUCGAUGCCAAUUAUAACAAAAGGUGAAAACUAUGUUGGGUCAGUUAGGAUUGAACCAUCGGUGACCUGCAAGCAUCAUUGUUAUUUAGGUCUGUCGUUAGAUAGUAAUGCUGGCAGACAGUGGUUAAACACCUUGGCCCUUCCAUCGCACACAAGAGAUUCCGAUUUGAAUUUAUUGAACAGCAGAUACACGCGUUUUCUUAAUUCAACGGGCGGUCGUUCAUGGCAGAAUAUAACAAUGCGUUUAGACACUACGGAAGUUCGCGGGCACAAAUUUUACUUGAACAUAAAACCAUAUUGGCCCAGUUUAUUGACUGGCUUCGGUAACAAUAAAAAUAAAGUCGCUUUAGUGUUUCCAUUGACGCAAGUCGGGAAUACUUCUUACAGCACGAUUAAACUAUACAAUCCGAGUACCAAUCCUUUGAUACUACAGUUGGUAAUGGAUUGGAAUUACCCACAAGGGACAAGGCUUUAUCAUUCGUUACCGGCCAAGUUUAAGUUCGCGUGUGUAGAAUGUGGGUCUACAGUUGCGGAGGAGUUUAAGUUAGAAGAGAAUGUAGAGGAUCGUGAACAUUUUGAAAGAGAAUGGGACGUUACGGUAGCGCCGCAGUCGAUUCCCAUAUAUUUAAAACGCUCGGAAUCGAAAACUAUACGAGUGUCAUACACUCCUUUCUCACCCACUUUAUCAUCCGCACUUUUAUAUAUUAGGAACAACAUGACCAUUUUGGAAGUAUUGCGUAUAAUGGGCCAAGGGGCGAAUGCACAAUUCAGAUUCGGGAACCGGAAGCCCGGCUCCACUACACCUUUACUCUUCGAACUCGCAGAUAAACAUCUAAAAGAUUGUGAACGAGAACGAUCUAAACGAAAUCCCGUACCCAAUCUGACGGUGAAGAGAUCUUUUAUGGCUAGGAACACGGGAGAGCUUCCCGUAGACGUCUACGACUUUUACAUAAACGGCCUGCGUUGCGAGGGUUACGGAUUCAAAGUAUUGAAUUGUAUGCCAUUCAAGCUAAAUCCAAAUGCGACCAAGAAGAUCGAGAUUGCGUUCACGCCAGAUUUCACAUUGUCACGGAUUGAAAGGAAGCUUUUCAUAUCGACGAGCUUAGGGUCAGACAGUGAUAUUCAAAACGGCAUGAUGACGCUGAAUUUACUCGCCACUCUUCCUCCGUACUCGUUGGACGAUUGUACAUCCGCGUUGACAAGGCCAUCAUGGGAGUAUGGUGUUCAAUGGGCAGCUGUGAGUCUUUCGUCGAUUCUGUUAACAUGUAUACUUGCCAUUUCGUUUCUCGAAGCAGACAGAAUAUUAAGAGGAGCUUUGGCUAGUUUUUCGAGGGAGAGUCCAGUCCAGGCCCCGUUCGAUUUAAGAUUGCUGUCGCACAUGCCUGUGCACUCGACACAGGAGACCUCCCUGAAGGAGAAAUUAAUGACUGAAGAGAGACCAAAGGUGGCGAAGAAAGAGGAUACGUACCCGGACUGGGCGCUAAUGAACGUGAAAAAAUACAAGGAGAAGGAAAACGUGCAGAAAGGACUAAAAAUUCCUGACUGGUCCACGGAGGAAGAACGUAGGUUUAAAUUAGACACCGAAACGAAGGACCUGUUGUCCUUUAAACGCAGCGAAGAGUCGUCGUUAGAUAACAGUAAUAAUGCGAUAAGCAAUAUUGCGCUUGGCGCGAAGAAAAGGAAUAAUAAGAGGCAGAACAACGCACCGGAAAUUCAAACGGAUAAUUGCAUGGCAGAGAUUGCGUUUCCGGAUGUUCAAGUAUCGCAGGAGAAGAAAUAUAGCGUGAACGCGUAUAUGAAGUCGAGUCCAGUAACUAACAGGAAAGGAAAACCUAGUCUAGUUGGAACGGCUAAAGAUGAGACGAAACUGAUUGAUCACGAGGUUCAAGUUGACACAACGGGGCUGUUGAACAACGCUCGAAGUAGUAAACUAGACGGCAAAAGAAAACAAACUACCGUUGGGAAUAGUAAUAACAAUCAAGUUUCUUUUAAGAAAUAUGAUACGAACAGUAGUCAAAGGAGUGUUCAUCUUUCGGAGGAAGAAACGUCUUCUACAACGACGGAGAGCUCUGUUCAAGAUGAUCCACCGCCAUGUAAGAACUUUGAUCAGCCUUGCGGAAAGUCCGAGAAGUUACAAAGAAAACCUGCAACCAAGAAGACCAAGCCGCAAUCAAUCACGCCUGUGCCAUGUGUGGACUAUAGGGAUAAUUACGAAGGUGAUUGCGACGACGACGAGUACGACAAAGAGAGGCACAAUAAUCCGAACAGGUGGAAAACGAGUACAACGAGAUCAUCUACCAUAAAGCACCACAUUCACUCGUCCCGCACUGUUGAGUCGUCGUUUAAAUUACCUCGACAGAACAAGAAUCCGCCUAGGAAGGAUAAGGGAUCUCAGAAACGUCGCGGUACGGACAAAACUCAUAUCAAAGCAACAUCGUUGAACGGAGGCGCUAGCCAAAGGGAGGAUUCGUCACGAACUUUGGGUACCGUUUCUGUUCCAUUACCACCGCCCCCAUCUUGUUGGGGCGAAAAUCGAGCCAGAUUUAGCGAUGUCGUGGCGAGGAGUCAAGAGAGUAUAUCUCCAUUCUCAAGCUUAAAUAAGUUACACAAACCUCAGACGACCACGCAUAACUUGUCGAUGGUCUACAGUAACGAUACCAAAGAUGUAGGUUAUACUAAACAACAAUCAAGUCAAGAGGUGAUACAGAGCACGAAGGAAUACAGAAUGGUAUCGAGUUCCCCACGUCUCUGUGUUCAGUCUGUUGAAAAGGAGAAGCCGCUUAGUCAGGAUCCCUUAAAAAUACAGAACACAUUGCAACAUUCUAAUAGUUAUUUUAUGAACGCGUUCACUGAACCACCGUUUGAACGGGAACUAGUGCCGUACGACGAUCUUCCAGAAACGGACGAACCUUUGAUGGAAUUAGAAAGCCCCGAAGAAGAUACGCGGUGUCAGUUAUGGGAAGACAGUAAUCCCAUGUUUAACGUAUUGUCGGAUAGUACAAACGGAUAUCAAUUUGAAUCGUCAAAAUCCUCGGAAAAGCCUUCUUCAAUGUUGACAGACACUUUGAGGGACAACUGGAUGGCAAUCGAAACAAAUUGGGAACCAUUAUACACAAGGGCAGCAGUCGGAGAAGAAAGAAGUUGUGUUUGGGGAGUGAACACAGGUGGUAUAUGGGCUGCGGGUCCAUGGGGAGCGGCUACACCACCUGUAACUUCACAAUUAUCCUCAUUACAGACGGAACCAGACACACAAGAAAGAUCGGGCUUCGAUCCGUUUCGUUCUCUUAGUACAAUAUGGACACCGUCAUCCACAGAAUCUUGGAAGAAGAAGCACGAAGACUAAUCUUGUUCCCAAUAAUUCUCGAUACUCGAUAUUAUGUCUUGUGAUAUCGUAGACUUGGUUGAUCGAUUUUCUUUUCUAAUGCGGAAAGUAACAACGUAUUUAUUAGCGACACUUUUGUGAUCGACAACGCU